UGCCAAAAGUCAAGUACUGAACCAGAAAAAAGAAGAAAACUCUCUUUUCCCUCGAAAUAAAACAAACACUUUUCUAUAAACAAGACAAAACAAAAACAAAAACAAAAUGAAUUUCAGUUUCCUCAAAAUCUCACUUUUCUUUCUCUCACUUCUCUCUCUCCCUCUGUUUUUUUUUUUUUUCUUGGUUUGCUUUCUGAUACUCUUUUUCUUGCCACACACAUGUAACUUAUACUAACGAUACAACUAACUCCAAUCACAAAACUAAAGCAGACCCAUUUCACUAUUUCCCAAUUCGAACUCGAAAGCUCUCUCUUUCUUCCCCAAAAGGUAUGGAACUUUUGAAACCCGCUCACCCGACCCGAGAAUCCAUUUCUGGGUUUUCUUCUCCGGGAGUUUUCCGGCCUGUUUGUGAAAGGACGGUGACUGCCCAAUUGCCAAAUAUUGUUGAAGAAGUGAAUGGUUGUAGUAGUAGUAGUAGUGAUAAAGUUUAUGUUGCUGUGGGGAAAUCUAUAGAGAAAGGUGUCGGUUUGCUUCAAUGGAGUGUUAAACGCUUUGGGAACAAAGAAAUUUGUAUUCUUUAUGUUCACCAGCCUUCUUCAUUAAUACCAACACUAUUGGGUAAACUACCAGCAAGUCGAGCAAAUGCUGAAGUAGUGUUAGCACAUAGAAGGGAGGAAAGGGAACAGACUAAGAAGCUUUUGGAAAAUUACUUGGCCAUUUGUCAUAGAGCUAAGGUUGAAGCAAGCAUUGUUACAACUGAAUGUGAACAAGUUCCAAAGGGAAUACUAGAUUUGGUGAAUAUACAUGGUGCUACGAAGCUUGUUAUGGGGGCAGUACCAGCAAAUUGCAUGAAGGUAAAAAAGAGCUCUGACAAAGCAGAUUAUGUAGCCAAAAGUGCUCCCUAUUUCUGUGAAAUAUGGUUUAUCAACAAAGGGAAGCACAUAUGGACGAAAGAAGCUUUUGAAAGGUCAAGUCACUCUGGGGGAGCAAGUGAUGAUACAUUAGGGUCUAAAUCAUUGCGAUAUAGCAAGAAUAUAAUGCCAUUAUACCCAGAGUAUCUUCAAUCUACUUCUGCUACAGGCAUUCCUUGUGCUAGCGUUAGUGAUUGGGUUCAGAUUGAAUCAAACAACUCAGAAGAGCCAGUGCUGCACACUAGGUCUAGUGCUACCAAUGGAUGUUUUCCCCAGAGUGCAUUUAGCUCUACAAGUAGUAGCUCCCGUGCUUCUACUGAAAGAAGGGUGUCUUUAGAUUCUGAUUCGAAGGUUGAGGAAGAGAGCUUAUAUUGUCAGCUUGCAGAAGCGAGGAUAGAAGCAGAAGCAUCAAGGAAUGAAGCAUUUGAAGAGUUAUUAAGGCGCAAAAAAAUAGAAUUCCAGACUUUGGAAGCCAUUAGCAAGGUGAAGAUCUUUGAAUCUGCCUAUGAAAAUGAAGUUAAACUUAGAAAGGAAGCCGAGGAUGCAUUGAGGAUUACAAUAGAGGAACAAGUAAAACUCCUAAAAGAGAAAGAAGAAGUAACUAGAGAACUACAAAGGACCAUGAGAAAUCUUGCACUUUUAGACAAUCGUGGAAAGGAAGCAAAUCGUAGGCAGGAUGAAGCUGCUGGAGAGUUGAAACUCAUUCAAACUUCCAUUGCAUCUCUACGGCAGGAAAAGCAGAGAAUCCAACGGCAGAAAAUGGAAGCUGUAAGAUGGCUUGAGCGAUGGAGAAACCGUGGGCCAGCUGGAGCUCCAAACUGCAAUGGGUUUCUUGGGUUUGUUGAAGAGUUACCUGAGUUAGCAGAAUUCUUACUAUCUGAUUUGGAAACUGCAACAUGCAAUUUCUCUGAGAGCUUCAAACUUGGCCAGGGAGGAUAUGGUUGUGUUUACAAGGGUGAAAUGUUGGGUAGAACUGUUGCUAUAAAGAAGCUUCAUCCACAUAACAUGCAAGGGCAGUCAGAGUUUCAGAAAGAGGUUCAAGUUCUUGGAAAAUUACAACAUCCUCAUCUGGUGACUUUGCUUGGUUCAUGCCCAGAAGCAUGGUCUCUUGUGUACGAGUACUUGCCUAAUGGGAGCCUCCAUGAGUGCCUUUUCAGGAGAAGCAAUAUUUCUCCCUUGACAUGGAAGGUCCGGGCCCGGAUAAUAGCUGAAAUUUCAAGCGCAGUUUGUUUCUUGCACUCUUCUAAUCCUGAAAAGAUUGUCCAUGGAGAUCUGAAACCACAAAAUAUCCUACUUGAUUCUGAACUUAGUUGCAAGAUAUGUGAAUUUGGGAUUUGCAGGCUAGUAACAGAUGAUACUCUUUAUUGCCCAAGUUUCCAUAGAGGUAAUGAGCCAAAGGGUGCUUUUCCAUAUACAGAUCCAGAGUUCCAUAGAGUUGGAGUUCUGACAACCAAGUCGGAUAUCUAUUCCUUUGGGGUGAUCAUUCUACAGUUACUCACUGGAAGGCCUCCGGUUGGGUUAGUAGGUGAGGUGCGUAGAACAAUGUUGUGUGGAAAAUUAGCCUCAAUUUUGGAUCCCUCUGCUGGAGAAUGGCCAACAUUUAUUGCAAGCAGAUUGGUAGACUUGGGGUUGCAAUUCUGUGAAUUGAACAGCAGGGAGAGGCCUGAGUUGACACCCGCUCUGGUGAGGGAAUUGGAACAGUUGCAUGUUUCAGAAGAGCGGCCAGUGCCGUCUUUCUUCUUGUGCCCCAUUCUUCAGGAAAUAAUGCAUGAUCCUCAGGUGGCAGCUGAUGGGUUCACUUAUGAAGGUGAAGCCAUGCGUGGAUGGUUGGAAAAUGGUCGUGAAACAUCUCCAAUGACUAAUUUGAAGUUGAGUCACUUGUAUCUUACUCCUAACCAUGCACUGCGUUUUGCAAUUCAAGACUGGCUUUGCAAAUCUUAAGGUCCCGGUCAUUUAUGUAUAUAUGUAUGUAUGUGUUGUGUGAAUUAAUCAUGGAUGUAUAGAUGUGAAUUUUUAGUCAUCCCUGCUUCACUUUUGUAUAUUAAGUUCUUCUAUUGCUGCAUUUUGUAUGAGGAGCCGAUGAGCUCAAUUCCAAAAUUUAUUUACUUAUUUGAUUUUUUUGCUAGUAAUCA